CCGAAUCGGUAUAGGCCCAUAAGAUCUAUUAGGGCAUUUUAACUUCACUAUAAAUUCAUUGGUUGUUGCCCUAGCCGAGCAGUUCUAUCGUGUCGUUUCCUUUUACUCAGAGAUGGCCAAGUCGAAGAAUCACACGGCGCAUAACCAGUCGGCUAAGGCCCACAAGAACGGAAUCAAGAAGCCAAGGAGGCACCGUCACACUCCCACCAGAGGGAUGGAUCCUAAGUUCUUGAGGAACCAGAGGUACGCAAGGAAGCACAACGUCAAGAACGGCGAGAAUGCCACCGCUGAAGACUAAGCUUUUUUAAUUCUCUCUGAGAGGUUUUUAUGAAAUUAAGUUUGUUUUAGACAAGAGAACCAAUUUAAUACAUUUCGCGUUAUGUUUGGUUUGCUUAUGUUUAAGCAUGCGGUUUGUGUACUCUUUUUUAUGGCCUUAAUUUUAAUAUCAUGGAUUUUCAUUUCUUAUA